AGGCACAUAAACUCAAUAUAACAUGAAGUUUUACAUUCAGACAUCUAGUGUGGAACGUUUCAGUGCACCAAAAUCUUACGAUUCAGGAAGUCGUUUUUUAAACCAAUUACCAUUGUAUACCUAUAUUUUAUAUUUACGUUUUACAAUUAUGGGGCUUUUAAAAAUUGCUCUUGUAUUGAUGGUUAGCUGUUUAUCACUAUACUCUGUGAAAUGUCAUUCAUAUCAUUUCGGCCAAUGUCCAACUCUUGAACCAAUGGCUGAUUUUUCAAUGGAUAAGCUUUUAGGAAAGUGGUAUGCUAUACAAAAAACAUCAACGUCAAGUCGGUGUCUCGAAUAUAACUUUGAAAAAACAGGCGAGCCCAAUGCAUAUAAACUAGAUCAAAUGAGCGAAAAUUCUAUAAUUAAUGUGGCAAAAUCCAAUAACUAUCACUAUGUUGGAAAUUUAAAAGCAGAUCCUAGCUUACCUUCAAGAAUGAUAGCUAAUUUUCCAUUAAGUGUUGCAGGAAAAGCGUCGUUUGUUGUUUUUUCAACGGACUACGUAAAUUACGCCGGAAUAUUUUCUUGUCAAAAAAUACCUCUCGGUAAUAGACAUUCAGUGACGAUUUUAUCUAGAUCGAAAACAUUGGAUAAACAAUACGUAGAUAAGAUGCGUAACCGCAUUGCUUCGAGCAACGUAAAUCCAUUUGACUUAACCAUCGUUGAUCAGAACAACUGUUCACAUCUCAACACAUCGAUGCGCGUGGAAAUCAAUGACCAAACAUUCAGUUCACACAACAUUGGUCAGGCGGUGCGCAAAGUAGGAUCGAAAAUUGGUGACGGUGUCGAAUACGUGAUCGAAGGCGGUAAAAAAAUAUACAAAUCGGCGAGUAGUUCGGAAACCAAGGAUGGUCCCAACAGUGAAUUCGAGUUGAUGCCAUAGAUUAAUAUCAUAAUAAAUACUUGCAUAACAAUAUAUAGUUACUAUGUAAAAUUAUUUUUGUUGUAGUU